CUAUUUGGUAGCGUAACAAGUCGGGACAAUUUGCACGGGCAUUUUUUUCCACCUCCCUUCUGGAACUUGCUUCAUCCAGCUGACACUGCUUCAAAGCCUUAGGCAGCUCUCAGACUCACAGAAGAAAUCAGUCCUAUCGGAGACACACAGAUGAACCAGGAAGCCAAAAUGAUAGAACUGCAGAUGUUGCUGUAUUUGGCUGGUGUCAAGAACCACUCUGUCCCAUCAUCUUACCACUGGCAUCAGCUUUGGGACUGAAUGCCUCUUUCUCUUCACGUGGUGACCGUGUCUGCGAUAGAGCAGAAGACCUCUGGAAGAUGAGCUCCCUGGUCAGCACCUCACACCUCCAGCUGGCCACCUUUGCUCUGGGGACGGUAGGCUGGAUCCUGUGCACCGUUUCAAUGGGAAUCGUGGAAUGGAGAGUGUGGUACGUGGACAACACCACCAUCAUCUCCUCUGGCAUUGCCUGGGUGGGGAUUUGGAAAGUCUGCUUCAUCAGUUACCUUCACGUCUCGCCUGGCUAUAAGGAACAGUUCUGCCAUAAAUUCAGUGGCUAUGACUCCUCCAUCCCCCGUGAAAUUUAUGCUGCUCAAGGUCUCCUGUUAAUUGCCAUGUUUGUGGGCUUGCUGGGACUGAUUGCCACAGUACUUGCUCUGAGAAACGUUUGUAUGGGCAUCACUCACAAAAGUCUCAUUACCCGUUUCUUCCUGGUGGGUGGCUGCUCCUACGUAUUUGCUGGUCUGUGCAUCCUGAUUCCCGUGAGCUGGAAUUUCUAUUCUGUAACGCACAAUCAGACCAUCGCUUUUCCUCCUUCUUCCUACAUGCCCUCCAGCCCAGUGGCGCAGGAAGCUGGUACUGCCAUUCCCAUUGGGAUCGUAGCUGUCAUCCUCCUGAUGCUAAGCGGGACUUUUUCUCUCUCGUACAGAUUAUCGGUGCCCACAAACACUACCACAACAUUCUGACAGGAUAAAUCCCCCCACGCUGUUCCAGAGCAAGAGCGUAGUCAAGACAUAAGGACAGCAGCACAAGUGAUUUCAUAGUCAAGGAACUGCAGGAUUUAGCUUUAGUCUUCAGUAGCCACACUAUUUUGUUACAUGAACCAGCUGAAUUACCAUCUUAAUUGUCACAUAUGACCAGAGGUUCAUCUUUGAGAUAACUGCUGUUGAACAGCAACUGUGAUUAAGAUUUACUGGUUAUCCUAUUUUGUAUAUACAAGUUGUUGAUUAAUUUAUUUUUUGUGUAAGAUAUUUACCAUGUUAAAGAGCUGACUCUGAAUUAACUGUCCUGAUAGAAAAAUGUGAAAUGACAUGUGUUAAAUGUGAACUUGUUUCCUUGUUGGUACUAAACUAUUUUGCCCAUUAUUUAAUUACAUCUGUAGCAAAGUACGUUCUGUGACAAGUCAAGACUUCUAAUACCAAUAACAUGAGUGUCAUCAUGGAUGUGUCAAAUAAGUCUUCCCUGAAUCGUCUUACAAAGGUCUUGCCAGUUUCUCCUCUUCCUCUAGGGCACAUAAAGAUCUGUGUUUUUAAAGCUUCUAUUUUUCUUUCAAGCUAUUUGCAUUUUAUGUUGCAACAUGUUUGCCUGUGGGCAAGGUGUGCUCUUAGUUCCUCACUUAGGCAGAGCCAAAAAGUCUGCAAGGGUUUGCUUCUUCAUCAGACACUUCACCAAAUCCAAAGGUAUUGCAAAAGACGGAAACAACUCCAAGUUAUUACAAAACUGCUGCCAAAAUCAGAACUCUCGGUAACCAGGAAUAUUGAGUACGACUUUCAGGGUAUGAUUAAUCUGAUGUAGACAUCUCUAUCUAAACUGGUCACUUCAGGCUCCAUUUAUAGUCAAUAUAGAGACAAAGACAGUCUUUUUUCCAAAAUAGAUGCCUAGAAUGGCUGGAGAUGACAUGCUCCCAACAAACCUGUUUCUCUUAACCCACUUUGAUGGCUGUAAUAACUACUGUAGCUAACUCUGGCGUACACAACCAAACUUCACCUAACCUGAAUGAAGUAACGUGAAAUUAAUCUGUCAUUUAAGAGCUAUUUCAUAUGUCAAUACCAUUAAAAAAAAAAAAAAAAA